GGAAGCAGUCACAACUUCUGACAAGAUUACAACCCACAAACCAACUACAACUCCUAAACCAACCACAACUGUCGAGCCAACCACAACUCCUGACCCAACCACAACUCCCGAACCAACCACAACCCCAGAACCAACCAAAACUGCUGAAUCAACUACAACUCUUAAACAAACCACAACUCUUAAAUUAACCACAACUCCCGAGCCAAUCACAACGCCAAAACCAGCCACAACUCCUGAACCAAUCACAACUACUGAAUCAACCAAAACUCCUGAAUCAACCAAAACUUCUGAACCAAUUACAACUCCUGAAUCAACCACAUCUCCUGAAUCAACCAUAACUCCUGAACCAACCACAAUUCCCAAAUCAACCAAAACUCCUGAACCAAUCACGACUCCUGAACCAAUAACAACUCCCAAACCAACCACAACUUCUGAACCAAUCACAACUUCUGAUCAAAUUACAACUCCCGCACCAAACACAACUUUAAUAUCAACCAUAACUCCUGAACCAACAACAGCUCCUGAACCAACCACAAUUCCCAAAUCAACCAAAACGUCUGAACCAAUCACGACUCCUGAACCAAUAACAAAUCCAGAACCAACCACAACUUCUGAACCAAUAACAACUCCUGAACCAACCACAACUUCUGAACCAAUUACAACUCCUAAAUCAACCACAUCUCCUGAACCAAUCACGACUCCUGAAUCAACCAUAACUCCUGAACCAACCACAAUUUCCAAAUCAACCAAAACUCCUGAACCAAUCACGACUCCUGAACCAAUAACAAUUCCUGAACCAACCACAACUUCUGAACCAGUAACAACUCCUGAACCAACCACAACUUCUGAACCAAUCACAACUCCCAAACCAACCACAACUUCUGAUCAAAUUACAACUCCCGCACCAAACACAACGUCAAUAUCAACCAUAACUCCUGAACCAACAACAGCUCCUGAACCGACCACGACUCCCAAACCAACCACACCUCCCGAACAAACCACAAAUCCUAAACCAACAACAACGUCUAGAUCUACCACAACUUCCAAACCAACCCAAACUCUUAGACCAACCACAACUCCUAAACCAACCACAACUCCAGAACCAACCACAACCCCUAAACCAACAACCACAACUUCUAAACCAACCACAACUCCAAAACCAACCACAACUUCCAAACUAACCACAACUCUAAAACCAACCA